CGAUACAGCUACUUAUAGCCUUAUCGUAAAAGCCAUCUUGGCUUCCACCAAAGCUUCACUCUCACUCUCCCACCAUGGCUCAGUCUCAGUUCCAAGACAAUGAGUUUUAUAUGUCAUUGGUCACUCUCCGAGUGGAAGACCGCUUAUUUAGGGUGCCCCGUCAGAUCCUGGCAGCGCAGUCUCCUGUGUUCAAAGACAUGUUUUCAUUCCCACCUCCCCCUGAUGAGGAGGUGGAGGGUUCAAGCGAUGGGCGUCCGAUUAUUUUGCCAGAUGUCGUGAAAGUGGAUGAGUUCAAGCAGUUGCUAAGGGUGCUGCUCCCAACUAACUACCACGGCUCCCGCCUGCCCAAAGGCGACUUCGAUGGGUGGAUUUCCGUCUUGAAGUUAUCGCGGAUGUGGCAGAUGGACGACAUUCAACGCGCAGCACUGGGGGUUCUCAAACGCUACUCUGCUGUAGAGAAGAGUGCGGUGGAGAAGCUUGCACUUGCCAUGAAGUAUGAAAUCAAGGAUUGGAUCAUGCCUGCGAUCGAUGAAUUAGCCCGGCGAUCGGAACCGAUUAACGUCGAGGACACCCAAAUUCUCGGUCUGGAGACAGCUUUGAAGGUAGCUGCAGUGCGAGAGAGCACUUCCGAGCGUUUACGCCUCGCCUGCGGGAAAGAAAAAUGACUUCACUCCUCACAUUACCAGGAUCUUCAACCUUCCUGGUACGUCAGUGCGCAGCCGUACUUCCAAGUCUGACCUAUCAGAGCAGCCAGUACUCAGAACCAACAGUAAUGCCUGCUGGGGAGCUGUCAAAUGGCUGAGUCCGAUGCAUGCCCCGCACAGCAC